UUUCCUGCCCAUCCCGUCCCGACCCGCGGCGGCGCGGGGCCGGGAGCGGCGGGGGGCAGCCCGGGGACCCCGGCCCGGUAUCAGUUCUGCUUUCGAGGGAGGCGGCGAUUUCGCAGUAAGGGGCGGGUGACACCUGCCCCGGGGAUUCCCCACCUGCAGCCGCCUCCUCAUAAGAUCCCGGUGGCGGCGGCAGAGGAGACACCGACGGAUCAUGGUCCCGCUCCAGCACCUCCGUCUCUGCCUCUGCCUCCCGCUGCUGCUGCUGCCGCCUCCCGCGGCCCCGGCUCCGGUCCCGCACCCCAGCACCAACUGGGCCGCUUGUAGGACCCUCUCCCGGGAGCUGUCGCGGCUAUUGGCGACCCUCAAGGAGCCCCACCGGGUCCUGGAGGAGACGCACCUGAGCGAGGAGGACCCCAAGAAUUGGCCCCCUCGGAUCCGCUGCAGUGAUGCCUGCGACCCUCCCACGCUGGACACCAAUAACACGCGCUGCCUGCAGCGGAUCCUCCAGGGGCUGCAGCAGUACCGGGACCUGUUGGGCUCCGACAUCUUCACCGCUCGGCCCCUGCCCCAGCUGGAGGCUGCUCUGGACCAGCUGCUGGGACUCAUCCAGCAGGACCGUGGCCGCCCCCCCCGGCGCCCCGUGGCCCCCAGCGAGGCGUGGGCUCACCCUCUGCUCCAGCACCUGGCCCUCCAGCGCCUCCAGUCCUUCACCACCAUCAUGAGCCGCGUCUUCACCCACAGCGCCCGCUGAGGCCACCCGCACAUGGACCCCCUCU